AUGGUUGAAAACCACCCGGCCUUCACAAUGCCAACCACUUCCGACAAGGAACUUCUGCAAGCACACGCCGAGCUUUGGAACCUCACUUUUAGCUACCUAAAAUCCAUGGCGCUCGAGUGUGCCAUCAAUCUAGGGGUUCCCACCGCCAUCCACCGAUGUGGCGGCACCGCCUCAUUGCCAGACCUACUUGCCACCCUUCCCAUACCUGAGAGCAAGAAGUCCUACCUCCCUCGCCUCAUGAGGUUCCUCGUCGCCUCAGGUAUCUUUACGGUUGAUGUCCCCGCAACAGGGGAGUGCGCUAAGGUGGGUGCAACUAGUACCUACUGUCUCACACCGUUAUCUUAUCUCCUCGUGGAUGGAGACGACACCGACGCCCACCAGCGCACGAGCCUCUCGCCGUUUGUGCUCUCGCAGACCAACAAGUACCAUGUAACAGCGGCCAUGCACUUCUCUGAGUGGUUCACGAGCGAAGAAGGCUCAGCCUCGGCUGAGAUGCCAUACAUGAUGGCAAAUGGCACAAAUCCAUGGGCAAUCAUGGCUCGUGAUGCAAAGCUAAAUCAGGUCUUCAACGCUGGCAUGGCGGCUGAUACCCAAUUUGCAAUGAACUUCAUCGUCAGCAAUUGUGGCGAGGUGUUCGAGGGGGUUACCUCGAUAGUUGAUGUUGCCGGUGGGACGGGUACGGCGGCGAGGGCAAUUGCCAAGGCCUUCCCACACAUUAAGUGCUCAGUUCUAGACCUCCCUAACGUUAUCAAUUCCAUCUCAUCCGACGGAACAGUGGAGUACAUUGUAGGUGACAUGAUGAGUUCCAUCCCAAGGACUGAUGCGGUGUUCCUCAAGUAUGUGUUGCAUGACUGGAACGAUGAGGAUUGUGUGAAAAUCCUAACACAAUGCAAGAAGGCGAUCCCCAAACCAGGGGGAAAAGUGAUAAUUGUGGAUAUGGUCGUCGGGUGUCCUUCCAAAUCCAUGUUCAAAGCCCAAGUCUUGUUCGAUCUGCUGAUGAUGGUGAUGACAUCAGGCAAGGAGCGUGAAGAGCAUGAGUGGGGCAAGAUAUUCAUGGAUGCAGGGUUCAACGACUACAAGACAAGGCCUAUUAUGGGGUGUAUGGCCGUCACCGAGCUGCAUCCUUAG